AAAUGAACUUUUCAGCUUGAUUUCAUUUCUCAAGCUUUGUCCUUGGUUUGCCCUAGCUGCUAUCGCCCAACGCACAGUUUGCGCAUUGUUAUCUCCACUUGCGCAAUUACUUGUACUCUACGUAGAUAGCUUCAUUGUGAGCUUCUUUUCUAUUUUGCGGGGCGCAUUCGCUUAGUAAUAUCGGUGACGAUAUUGCACGACGUUUCGGUGUUUCUAUUAAUCAAGAUCUUUUUGUAUGUACGUCGCCAUCUUCAACAUAACCUUUGAUGUUCAGCAUUAUUAAUGAGACCUCGGUGUACAAACCGACAAUUGCCCGCGCGGGAUCGGUAUUUGCGCGCGAAAACAUGCCUCGGACAAAUUGAUCAAAGAGAUUGUCCUGUGGAGGUUACGGAAAAUGAGAUCCUAACGCCUAAAAAAUGUGAACCAUUACCACAUACCGGUAAUUUAUAAUCUCCCUAUGUUAUUGCUGAUUACCUCAUAUAAGAAAAAACAGGGCGUUUGUGCACCAAUAACAUACAGGAAGCGCAUGGUCCCCACAGCCGUUCUCUAUGGCUCUCUAGCUAUCUUCUCUUUAACUGAGUUGGCCCGCUCGAUGGGUAAAACCCACGUCAGUCGUCUUCCCAGCAAUACAACAUGGGCAGAUACAAACCAGCUUAUACAGCGUACAAUACUGCAUCUCACUGUGAUAAAAAUUCGAACGAACAGAUUCGGAAAACGGAUUCCGAUUGGUGCUUACACUUUGUAGCUUGAGUGUCCUAGUCCUAGAGUCUACCUGACUCCUCCUUCAUCACCGUUCCUACAAGCGAUUGGAAUGGCAUUCACCGUAAGCAUGUACUUGAGGUUUUACCAUUUUCUUGCAGGCGAUAUGAACCAACUGAAGAAUAAACUGGAGUUCAUAGAUGGUAAUGUUCAGUGUCUACCUAAUAGACUGUUGAGAAUACAUACAUAUGAAGACACUGGAGUAUGUGAAGAGUUACAUGAGAUCGAUGGCUGCAACCAUUGCCGGGCAAACAGGGCAGCAGGCAACGCCGCUUCCUUCGCAAAUUACAUCGGUGGAGGAACUACAGUCAUUUGUUAUACUAAUGCAGGAUGCAUUCAACAAUUGUCUAAACUGAAAGGUGUGCAUGGAGACACGUUGUCGGAGACUGUACGCCUCAUGAUGCAGCGUCUUCUAACGCGGUCAUUGAUGGCGGAGAUCAAUUACUCCUGUCUCCGCAACAAACACGGAUUCCGGAAGAUGAAGCUAUUCACCGAAGUGCAAGCUGCUCUAUUAAAACGUUUCUCCGGAAGUAUUGUGUCACCUGAUGAUGAUGUCAGGAAAUACUUGAAAUCGAUUCGUGGCAACGCAUGGCGCGACACUACCAAAGGUUGUGCAAGCAGCCAGCAGGUUUUCCAAUUCGUGGACUUGGAGCGCCCAUGA